UCCUGUUUGGGAGCGCUGGUGGCGGGAGAUUCCAGCAUGGCGGUGCAGCCGAAGCAGAACCUGUCCAUGGACAGUGCAGCCGAGCACGGCUUCCUCAGCUUCGUUUUCUCCAUGCCGGAGAAACCGGACACCACGUUCAGGGUGUUUGACCGUAACGACUACUACACGGUUCACGGGAAGGACGCCAUAUUCGCGGCGAAGGAGGUUUUCAAGACGAAUGGAGUCAUCAAAUAUCUGGGCUCGGGAAGUCGCAGGCUGGAGAGUGUGGUCUUGAGCAAGCUGAACUUCGAGGCCUUUGUGAAGGACCUGCUGCUGGUGAGACAGUACAGAGUGGAAGUGUACAGGAACCACAGCAAAAGCAGUAAAGAGCACGACUGGAAGCUUGAGUAUAAGGCGUCUCCUGGAAACUUGACUCAGUUUGAAGACGUUCUGUUUGGUUCUGGAGGAACCGGAGCAGAGGGCUCUGCAGGAGUCGUGGCCGUCCGAUUCGCUACAGGAGCCGAUGGACAGCGCGUGGUCGGGGUCGGCUAUGUGGACGCAGCGCAGCGAAAGAUGGGAGUGUGUGAGUUUCCAGAUAAUGAGAUCUUCUCCAACCUGGAGUCGCUGCUUGUCCAGAUCAGCCCCAAAGAGUGUCUCCUAGCCCAGGGGGAAGCCAACACGGAGGGCAACAAGCUGCGGGAGGUUGUGCAGCGCGGUGGCAUGUUGGUCUCCGAAAGGAAGAGAGCAGAGUUCAGUAGCAAGGACAUGGUCCAGGAUCUCAACCGACUGCUAAGAGCCAAGAGAGGAGAGACUGUGGCCAGUAACACGCUGCCUGAGUUGGACAAACAGGUGGCUAUGUCGUGCUUGGGCGCCGUUGUGCGUUUUCUCGAGCUCCUCUCUGACGAGUCCAACUACAACUCUUUCAGUCUCACCUCUCUGGACUUGGGUCAGUACAUGAGGCUGGACAAUGCUGCUGUGAGGGCUCUCAACCUCUUCCAGGGGUCACCUGACGACACCACUGGGGCUCAUUCUCUGGCCGGUCUGUUGAACAAGUGUCGAACGCCACAGGGUCAGCGUCUGGUCAACCAGUGGAUCAAGCAACCCCUCAUAGACAAAACCAGAAUAGAGGAGAGGCUAGACCUGGUGGAGAGCUUCGUGAGUGACUCUGAGCUCAGGCAGACCUGUCAGGAGGACUUGCUGCGGCGGGUCCCUGAUCUUCACCGUCUCGCCAAGAAGUUCCAUCGCCACAAUGCAACGCUGCAGGACUGCUACCGCGUCUUCCAGGCCGUGAGCCAGAUCCCUGCGCUCAUCACAGCCCUGGAGAGAUACUCUGGGAGCUUCCAUGUUCUGUUAGAGGCAACGUUCCUCAGUCCCCUUAGAGACCUGCAGAAUGACUUCACAAAGUACCAGGAGAUGAUAGAGACCACCCUGGACAUGAACCAGAUUGACCACCAUGAGUUCUUGGUGAAGGCAUCGUUUGAUCCAGUAUUGAGUGAAUUAAGGGAAAAAAUGGAUGCACUCGAGAAGAGCAUGCAGGCGGUGUUGAACAGUGCAGCCAAAGAACUAGGUCUGGAUGCUGGUAAAACUGUGAAACUGGAGUCAAACGCCAUGUUGGGUUUUUACCUGAGAGUCACCUGCAAGGAGGAGAAGAGCCUGAGGAAUAAUAAGAAGUUCACCACGCUGGACGUUCAAAAGAACGGUGUGCGCUUCACUAACAGUAAGCUGAGCUCCCUGAAUGAGGAAUACACCAAGAGCAGGGAGGAGUAUGAGGAGGCCCAGAACGCCAUCGUCAAAGAGAUUAUCAACAUUGCCUCAGGUUACGUGGACCCUCUCCAGGCGCUGAGCGAUGUGAUAGCACAGUUGGACGCCGUGGUGAGUCUCGCCGUGGCGUCUGUCUCUGCUCCAGUGCCAUUUGUCCGGCCCCGCAUCUUGGCCGACGGCCCCAGGCGUAUGGAGCUGCUGCAGGCCAGACAUCCCUGCAUGGAGACGGACGCAGACACCGCCUUCAUACCAAAUGACAUCACCUUCGUCCAGGGAGAGAAGAACUUCUAUAUUAUUACAGGACCGAAUAUGGGAGGCAAGUCCACUUUUAUCCGGCAGGUUGGUGUGAUAGCUUUGAUGGCUCAGAUCGGCUGCUUCGUGCCAUGUGAGAAGGCAGAGCUCAGCGUGAUUGACAGCGUUCUGGCUAGAGUGGGAGCCGGCGACAGCCAGGUGAAAGGCGUGUCCACCUUCAUGUCUGAGAUGUUGGAGACUGCCGCCAUUUUACGCUCGGCCACAGAGAACUCGCUCAUCAUCAUCGACGAGCUUGGCAGAGGAACCUCCACAUAUGACGGCUUCGGUCUGGCCUGGGCCAUCAGCGAACACAUCGCAUCCAAGAUCACCUGCUUCUGCCUGUUUGCCACUCAUUUCCAUGAGCUGACUGCACUAGCUGCACAGCAGCCCACUGUCCGGAACCUGCACGUCACUGCGCUCACCACCCACAACACCCUCACUAUGCUGUACAGAGUCAAACCAGGUGUCUGUGAUCAGAGUUUUGGUAUCCACGUCGCCGAGUUGGCUUGCUUUCCACCAUCAGUGGUUGCCAUGGCAAAAGAGAAGGCGGAGGAGCUGGAGGAGUUCCAGGAACCUGCAAGGGGGGACUUGGAGCAGGAGGAAGAACCCGAGGCCAAGAGACGACGGACAGACAAACAAGUGGGGGAAGAUCUGAUCCAGAACUUCUUGGAGAAGGUGAAAUCGCUUCCAGCUGCCGCCAUGAGUGAUGAGGAGGUGAAGGCAGAGCUCAGACGAAUGAAACAAGAACUGGCUGCCAAAAAGAACUCGUACAUCACAGAGAUUCUGGCUCGCUGUGUUCCAGCCCAAACUGCUUGAGUUUAGAUGAGUUUAAAUGGUUGUAGUUGAACACUAGAACACACACUGUAUAGUUUUUCAAUAAAGACUGAUUUUUGAAUAAAAGAUGCCACGUGUUUUUUCAUGUCACUUCUUUAGAAACUGAAUUAGAUAAAUUGUUACACAUCCAUUAAAGCUGUUUGUACCACACUGGAUGAUAGUGUCAUUCAGGCUGUGCUUGCUUUAGCUUCUCAUGCACAACUGUUUGUUUUUCCAGUGAUCCAUAAACAUUUAUGUAAAUGCAGUUUCCUCAUUUAUUAAUCAGAAGGCAGCUUCUGGUCAGUUCUGUUACAACAGAUCAGCCUGAUGGGUGUGUCGCCUCAGACACACAAGCUGAACAGCAGUACUUUAAAGAAAGUUCUUCCUUUUAGGACUUAGUCCUUAACAUUUUCUACAACAGCACCAGUUAGCUACUGGUAAUUAUGCAAGAUGUGAAUUUAAAAGACAAGACACCUGUGAUCUAAUAAAGUUUUAUUUUCUUAGAAAUGGCCAGUUUCCUGUUUUCUUUUUUUCUUUCUAAGAAAGUAUACCCCUUUUUGAAUUUCACCUAGCAUCUACAUAAUGGUUAUUGAAUACUUCACAAUAUAUUAAGUCUAGAUGUUAUGGUACAUGCAUACGAUUCAGGCUGCAUGAGGAGCCACAGUCACCACGAUACACGGGGAGAGAAGGGACGACGGUGGGGGAGGGUCCUGCAGAAUAAUUCACGGUUCCAGUUAAAGGAGCUCUGAUACCUUCUAUUUAACCCUCUCCACAAACACUGACUGCAUUAACAUCUGAACAUAUACACACGCACACUCACAACUUUCACUGUACACAACACACAUGUAACCACACACCCACACUCUUGUACAAUUGAAGCCCCUCCACCUGCCAUUUAAACUAAUAAAGUGGAGAGGGUUUGUAGUGUUUAAACAAGAUUCUCUUUCACAGAAAGAAAUUCACCACUGGGACGUUUGAGUUUCUGCAGUUUGCCUGGGUGUCGGGGUGGGAGGGGGGACGCUAAUCAAAGAAAAAUAAUAAUAAUUAUAAUAAUAUAUAAUAAAAUAAAAGACAUUCAAAUACACUCAGCUUUUUGCUUAAAAAUACAAAACUACAUGAGAAAGCAUUGAAAUAAAAUCCAUUGAUCUUAACAUAUUUUUGUUUUUUGUUUUUUAAAAAAAAAAAAAAAAAAAAAAAAGCCCAA